GUUGCCUUCAGUCUUGCGAUGCAUGCGAAUCGGGAUUAGAAUCAUAUAUUUUCUCCGUUCUCACAGUGGAGUUUUUCCAUCCCUGCCGGAUAGAGGGACUUCACGAUGAGGCGGCGGGCUUUAGAGCUGAUCACGGAACUUCUCGUGAUCCAACUGCUGCUGCCCUUGCCGGAUCAAGUGAACGCCGUGAAGAAUCGGUUAAGAAAACAACGAUCCAAGCCGCAGGAGCUUCAGUCUCACAAUCAGCAGUCUGGCAACGAUUAUGAAUAUGAUUAUAACUAUAAUGAGAAUUAUGAUGAAAAUUACGAAGAAAAGAACGAGACCACAACAUUACCACCUGAUAUCACGCGAUUUUCGGGAAGACCUGAAAUAUCAACAGAAACAUUCUUGAGACGAGAAACAUCUACACCGGCUCCCACGACAACUCAAUUUUAUAAUCGUGAGGAGACUAAUUCCACAUCCGAACAGGAUCAUUCAGUUUCGCCUACGGAGAUUUUACCGGGUGAAAGUAACAUAUAUAGUUCUGUAGCUUUUCCAGGACCACGAGGUACACCUGGUCGACCUGGAGAUAUUGGUCGUCCUGGUGAUGCAGGAUAUCCUGGACAACCUGGUACACCUGGGAUUCCAGGGCCACCUGGACUUCCAGGACCUGUACCUGAUAUAUCUCUUUAUUAUCAACAAUUGGCUUUGUCUCAAGCAAAUGAAGAUAAAGGUCCGACCGGUGCAGCAGCGUCAUUGUAUGGACCAGAAGCGUUAUCUUACAUUCAGGCGCAAGUAGGUCCAAUGGGUCCACGAGGUCCCCCAGGUUCAUCCGGUGCUCCUGGUCCUCAAGGUUUUCAAGGUACACGAGGUGAAUCUGGUGAACUAGGUCCUCCAGGCCCUCCUGGCAUGCCAGGUCCUAGGGGCUUACCAGGAUUGCCUGGAAAAGAUGGAAUCAGUGGAGAAGAUGGCGAGACUGGUCCGCCGGGAUCAUCUGGUCCUGUAGGACCACGUGGUAUUCCUGGAAUACCCGGGCUUCCAGGAAUAAAAGGCCAUCGUGGUUUUCCAGGUUUAGACGGUGCCAAAGGUGAGCAAGGAGCUUCUGGUGAAAAAGGAUCCAUGGGCUCGCCUGGACCGAUGGGACCAGUAGGACCGACGGGUCCAGCAGGACCUCGUGGUGAAAGAGGUAGAGAAGGUCCAUCAGGCCCUCCUGGGUUGAGAGGCCUCGAUGGAAUUGCUGGGCCACCUGGGCAAUCCGGUGCUAUAGGUAAACCUGGCUCACCAGGUUUUCCAGGGAAUCCUGGAAUCAAGGGUGAUCAAGGAAUACAAGGACCGACAGGAAGCCAGGGUUUGCAAGGUCCACGAGGCGAAAGUGGUCGUCCAGGACAACCUGGUGAAACUGGUCCACAAGGUCCCCAAGGCAAAGAUGGAAUUCCCGGUGAAAAAGGGGCGCCUGGAGCGACAGGACCCGUUGGUGUGCCCGGAUUUCCGGGUGCUCGAGGUCAACCCGGAACACCGGGUAAUCCUGGUAUCCCUGGCACUAAAGGAGCACCCGGUCUUCCUGGUGAUAGAGGUUUCAAAGGAGAGGCUGGAGCGAAAGGUGAUGCGGGCAUGUUUGGUCCGCGUGGACUUCCGGGACCUCCUGGGAAUGAGGGCAAAAGGGGUAAAAGAGGUAUGCGUGGACCAAUCGGCGCUGUAGGUCCUCCUGGAGAACGCGGCCCACUUGGAGUACGUGGUCUUCCUGGCUCGGAUGGUCCUCAAGGACCUCAAGGCCAACCUGGUGAUCGUGGUCCUCCGGGAGCUGUUGGGUCGAAAGGUGCCAUUGGAGAUCCUGGACGACCUGGAGAAACAGGAUUACAGGGUGUGCGUGGUUUAAUGGGUAGGCCCGGAGCUCCCGGAAAAUCAGGUAAUCCUGGAGAACGUGGAAUUCAAGGUGCGGAUGGCAAACCUGGAGAACAGGGUCUACCUGGACUGCAGGGUCUACCAGGACCAUUAGGACUACCAGGGGAAAGAGGAUAUCCUGGAGAACGUGGAAAAGAUGGUGAACCUGGUAAUCCAGGUUCUUCUGGUCCAAGAGGAGAUACCGGUAAAGAAGGUCUUCCAGGAGCACAGGGUCCCCCAGGUCCACCAGGAAGUGACGGCGCACGAGGUCUUUCGGGACCCCCUGGUUCUAGAGGUUUUCCAGGUCUUCCAGGCGUCCCCGGUAAUUCAGGUGUUCCAGGCAAGGACGGAGAAGCGGGAGUACAAGGAGCUCCCGGUCCUCCGGGAUUAGUCGGCAAUAGAGGCGAGCGAGGACCUCCUGGAGAAAGAGGACUCAUUGGACCUCCAGGACCUAUGGGUUCUAAAGGAGAAACUGGAGCACAAGGCCCUGAUGGUUUUAUUGGUUUACCAGGAUCUAAAGGAGAUAAAGGAAGUGUUGGUUCACCGGGAUUAUUAGGACUUCCUGGCAUAAGAGGAUUACCCGGCGAAUUUGGUCAGAAAGGAGAAAGAGGCAUACCAGGACCAAUCGGUCCCGAAGGUCCACCAGGACAUAUUGGAGAGCGUGGUCCACAAGGAGAAAUAGGACCUUCUGGCCCUCCUGGAGAACCGGCGGAACGAGGUGAUCCAGGUUCUCCUGGUCCCAUUGGCGAGACAGGAGCGCCUGGCAAUCCAGGAGAAAGAGGACCUCAUGGAUUGCAAGGCUCACAAGGUUUUCCAGGCCCACAAGGAUUAAUUGGACUUCCUGGUUUGAAAGGCGAUCGCGGAUAUUCAGGUUUAAAAGGAGAACAAGGAAAUCCGGGACUAUCUGGUAGUCGUGGCGAGGCCGGAUUACCUGGACCUAUUGGACUUACCGGUGCUAAGGGAAUUAGAGGUGAAUCUGGUGCACGAGGCGAACCCGGUUUAAUGGGGCCACCUGGUAUCAUGGGACAUGUUGGACCAUCAGGAUUACCAGGGAAUGUAGGAUCACCUGGUGCUCCUGGAUUACCUGGUGUCAAAGGUGAUGCAGGCGAUCCAGGACGUCCUGGAAACCCAGGUCCAAUCGGUAACCCUGGUCCAUCUGGAGUUGAUGGAAUUAAAGGCGAAAGUGGAUCUCCAGGCCCUCAAGGAUUGAUGGGUUCUCAAGGUCCUCAAGGUCCGCUCGGCGAAAGAGGUUUACCAGGUUUACCUGGUUCUCCUGGUUCUAUAGGGAUUAGAGGAUUUCGCGGAGCUCCGGGUGAAAUAGGACAACCCGGAAAACCAGGAGCGGAAGGUUCACCCGGAUCUCCCGGAUUAACAGGUCCUCCAGGUGUUCCCGGUCAUUUAGGAGAAACAGGACCGGAAGGACCAAUUGGAAAACCAGGACCGCCAGGUAUAGGAGGCCGACCAGGUGACAAAGGACCACCUGGAGUGCCUGGUGCUGCAGGACCGUCAGGUCCUCCUGGAUUACCAGGAUCACCUGGACUCACUGGACCUACCGGACUCACUGGAGAAAGUGGCCCGAAAGGUGAAACGGGACCGCAAGGUGUGGAAGGUCCACAGGGACCACGAGGAAAACCCGGUCCAGCAGGUCUUGAAGGUGUAAAAGGGGAUCGUGGAGAAGAGGGACAGACAGGGGCCAAAGGACAUCGAGGAUUUACUGGUUUGCAAGGAUUACCCGGAUCUCCUGGUUUAGUAGGAGAAAAGGGAAUACCUGGUCUGCCAGGACUUCCUGGUAAAGACGGAGAGCCAGGUAUUAGAGGUAAUCCUGGACGAGAAGGCAGUCCGGGGCCUAUCGGACCUGCGGGAAAUCCCGGACCAAGGGGUCCAUCUGGCGAAGAAGGUCGCCAUGGAACACCAGGUCCUGCAGGACCUCCCGGGCCACCUGGUCCUCCUGGAGAAAUAGGUUUUGGUUACGAUGCUGCAGCUUUAGCAGCAUUUAUAGGACAAGGCCAAACUAAAGGACCAGAUCCACUUGGUGAUGAACCACCAAGAAUAUUUAGUAAAGAUAUUACUGAAAAGGAACGAAGAGAGCUCCUUUUGAAAGCGUACGAAAAUCUAAAAACGUCAUUCCAAAAAUUGGUGAAGCCAAAUGGUGAAAAAAAUUCGCCUGCUAAAACCUGUCGAGAUCUAUUUGCUGCUUAUCCGGAAAAAUUAUCUGGUGAAUAUUGGAUUGAUCCAAACGAAGGGGAUAUUCGAGAUGCGAUCUUAGUGUAUUGCGAUGCUGAGAAACGUGCGACUUGCAUUUUACCGAAUCCAUCGCGUUUGCCAGAGAUCACUCACAUUACUGAUCAACAGGAGACUUGGUUGAGUGAGAUAGAUAGCGGCAUGAAGAUUACAUACAAGGCAGACAGUAAUCAAAUCGGUUUCUUGCAAUUGCUCUCGAAACACGCGAAUCAGAAUAUCACAUAUCAUUGCAAGAACAGUGUAGCUUACUUCGAUUAUGAGAAAAAAACAUAUAAAAGGGGCUUGAGGCUUUUGACUUGGAACGAUGUUGAAUUGACACCACGAGGCAAUCAACGCCUUAGAUAUGAAAUGUUAAUGGAUGAAUGUAGGUUCUAUCAAGGCCAUUGGGGUAAAACUAUUGUUUCGUAUGAAACGGAUAAACCUGUAAGACUUCCUAUCUUAGAUGUGGCCCUGCGAGAUAUCGGAAAACCGGAACAGAGUUUUUCCAUUGAGAUCGGUGCAGCUUGUUACGAUUAAAAUAUACGAUAGUACGAGAUUGUGACAUUGCGUUUAUUACCUUUUGUGCCUAUAUAUCUGUCGUUUUCCAUUGCAUAAUCUUUUAAUUAAGGAAUUGUCUGUCAAUUUUAUAAAAAUAUAAUUACCCAAGCAGAACAAGACAUGGUGUCUUCAAAAUGCAUGGCUUUAAAAUGACUCCAAAAUGAUUAUUAAAAAACACUUCGAACAGUUAUAUAUGAUUCAUCUUAACAUAAUUUUUACGUUAUCGUGUCUUGUUGUUUUUACUGGUGUAUACAUUAAUUAAUUCGAUUUACAGUGGCUAAUUACUAAAAAAAAACUAAACAUUACUUAAUCCGUAAUGACUCUGUGUUAUUUUUUAUGCAAAUUCUCAAAUAGCGGAAAUUUAAUUUACGAAUAUUUAAUAGAAUCAACGUUAAUUAUAUUGUCCUUUAUUUCUAGGAUAAAAGCAAAACUAACUUAAAAAAAGAUAUGGAAAAUACAUAUCAUUUGGAUAUUUUAUAAUAUUAUAU